AGACGCGUUCGGCAAAGCCUCCCUGCAGCACUGCAUUGGCUUGUCGGUCCUGCAUGACAUCAGAGAGGAUGGGAGAGAGCCGACAGGGCGCAGGCGCUGGAAGUGGGGAGGGGAGAAGCUCCAGCCCCCGGCUCGUCGAGAUCACACCGCCUCAGCAUCCCCAUCCCUCCGCUCUGACCGUAGGCGCUCCAAAACCUCGCGCCCUCCCUUCCAGCUCUGCAGCCCGCACGGGCGGCAUCCUGAAUCGUCCUCCGCAUUCUCCUCCACCCCUUCCUUAGCAGCUACUACCUCCUCCUCCUUCUCCUCCUCCUUCCAAAACGCAGCCCGAGUCAGGGGACCAGGGGGAAGCUGCAGAGCCAGGAACGCUUGCAGCCAGCCCUUCCCCCUUCCAGAUCGUAGCCUCCCUCGCCUCCUCUUCAUCCUCCUCCUUCUCUUCUUCACAGUCCUCCCCUCUCACUCCUUCUCCUUCUUUGGCUCCUUCUCCUCUCCUUCCUUUUCUCGCUCCUGCUCCUUCUCCUCUCCCCACACCCCAGAGCCAACACCAUGUCCGCAGGAGGAGAUUUUGGGAACCCAUUGAGAAAAUUCAAACUGGUCUUCCUGGGGGAGCAAAGCGUUGGGAAGACAUCUUUGAUCACACGGUUCAUGUAUGACAGCUUCGACAAUACAUACCAGGCAACUAUCGGGAUUGACUUUUUAUCAAAAACUAUGUAUUUGGAGGACCGUACGGUCCGAUUGCAACUCUGGGACACCGCUGGCCAGGAGAGAUUCCGCAGCCUAAUCCCCAGUUACAUCCGGGACUCCACUGUGGCAGUGGUGGUAUACGACAUCACAAAUCUCAACUCCUUCCAACAGACCUCCAAGUGGAUUGAUGAUGUCAGGACAGAAAGAGGAAGUGAUGUCAUCAUCAUGCUGGUGGGCAACAAGACAGAUUUGGCAGAUAAGAGGCAGAUAACAAUUGAAGAAGGAGAACAGCGCGCCAAAGAACUUAGUGUCAUGUUUAUUGAAACCAGUGCCAAGACAGGAUACAACGUAAAGCAGCUAUUCCGGCGUGUUGCAUCAGCUCUCCCUGGAAUGGAGAAUGUUCAGGAGAAGAGCAAAGAAGGGAGUAUCCUUUUCCUGAAACCAGUGAGUUGGUAUGCUUGGAAAAUGAAAACUAAGAGGGAAAGGGGAGAAAGCGGAUACAUUGGAGGGAAAACUGCUAGCUUUGUCCUCCUGGGAAGGGACUGGGUUGGAGUCCUACACAUUCGAGAUUCUGCAUAUAUUAGGAAAAUCCCAUUUGGGCAAAGAUCUUGGUACAAUCCACUGCCCCAUGGCUCAGCAUGGUAAUAGUGCCCUACUAAUAUGAAUACCACACAUUCUGUACAAAGAAUUAUCCUGCACAACAAUUCAUUCUCUAAUUCCGGUUCUAUGGAAUAGUCACUCUGGAUGACCAAAGGACUAGAUUGUAUGUGAUUUGUGCUAUGAGCAAGAAGGUAGGGAGGUAUCUCCUCCAAUUCUAAUAUUAUAUGAAAAUAAUCUCCUUUUAUCUCUAAGAUCCUUACCUUCUGUCUUAGUAUCAAUUCCAAGUCAGAAAGAGCAGAGCAGUAAGGGCUAGGCAGAGGGGACUUACCCAGGGUCAUAAGCUAGAAAGUGUCUGAGACCACAUUUGACCCAGGUCCUAAUUCCAGGCUGACCCUCUAUCCAUUGUGCUAUCUAGCUACCCCUGAAAACUGUCUCUUUACCCUUUAAAUUACUUCAUCUGUUCCUCCUCCAGUGACCUCCAUUAUGUAGAUCUACGUAAGUUCCCAUGGGGCUCACCAAAAUAAAUCAGGGCAUACAAAUAGACAUAAAUGCCCAGAAACAUGGAGGACAUGAGUGGGGCGUGUUUGUGUAUCCAAUUUAACCCAGUCCCAUAAGCAUCAUUUCUCUCUUUCUCAUAAUAAAUUUAAAACUUCUUUUCAUUUGUUAAUUAGCUACAGAAGGUCUGAGAUUAGCUCUGACUUGCCUAUAACUCUUGUAGACUAGAAUGCAGUUUCUAGCAAUGUAUUCAUUAAAAUAAAAUCCCUUUGAGAACAAAACAAUCCAGACGUAUCUAGAAUGUGUUUCAGUAGGCUUUCUCUUCUAUCAAAUAACCCUGUAAAUUUCAGAUCAUAUUAUUCUAUGCAGAGGAAUGUAGAAUAGUGGACAGUGAAUUAGACCGAGUCAGAAUGACUUGGGUUCAAAUUCAGCCUCCAAUCCAUAUUGACUAUGUGACCCAGAGCAAGUCAUUUAACCUUCUAAGUACCCCCAAGAAAUUAUCUUUUUUUUUAAUCCUUACCUUCCGUCUUAGAAUCAAUAUUGUGUAUUGGUUCCAAGGCAGAAGAGUGGUAAGGGCUAGGCAAUGGGGGUCAAGUGACUUGCUCAGACAAGUGUCUGAGACCAAAUUUGAACCUAGGACCUCCCAUCUCUAGACCUGGCUCUCAUCCACUGAGCCACCCAGCUUCCUCCCCCCACCCCCAAGCAAUUAUCUUAAGAGUUAAGUGGUACAUAUGUCAAAUUGGUUACAAUCUCUGGGAGGGAGCAGGAAUGGGGGUGAGGAAGAGAAUUUGGAACUCAGAAUGUUAGAAAACAAAUGUUUAAAACAGUUUUUAUAAGUAAUAGGAAAAAAACUACCAAAAAUAUAACACAAAACAAAUGGAUGAGUAGUUGUUGUUGGUUCAUUAUUUGAAGAAGAAGAUUCUUUCACAGGGAGCCCUCAUCACUAAAGAAUCACAAGUCUGGACAAACAUUUAAAAAAAUAUAAUGGCUGGCAAUAUUGGUUUAUCAUAUAGGAACAAAUUUUAUCCCAAUCAUAUACCAGCAUCCUUGGAAACUUGGCCCCUUGUCAAUGACCCAUUGUGAACGCGAGCCUAGUAAGAGAUCCUGAGUAAGCUAUGUGGUUCUUGAAAAAUCUGACCACAGAGGAAGAAAGAGCAGAUGUUUUCUCUAAGAAAAGAAACUGAGGGAGUAGUUAGGUGGCUCAGUGGACAGAAUUCUAGGUCUGAAGACUUGGGUUUAAGACUUGGGACUCUGAAGACUUGGGAAGUCUUGGGUUCAAAUUUGGCCUUAGAUACUUCCUGGCUAUGUGACCCUGGGCAAGUCACUUAACCUCAGUUACCUUGACCUUUCCACUCUUCUGCCUUGAAACUGAUAUUUGUAUUGAUUCUAAGACAGAAGGUAAGAGUUUUUAAAGAAAAGAAAAGAAGUCCUUUAAUCCAUGCUUGGUAUCCCCUGCAAAGAGUUUGGUCACUAAGUAGAUCACAAAACAUUUACCAAAUUCUUGAUGGCCUUUGUCAAACCAUAAUACUCCGUGGAAAUGCAUAGUUAGUCAAAUAGAUGUAACAAGCCUUCCUUUGUACCUACUUCCCAGGGAUAAAUUGUUUCUCAGCCAAGCAGUAGAAUGCUAUUUCCAAGGUCGUAUCCAAGUCGAAGAAGAAUGGAAAGGAAGCAGGUGCAUGUUAUCAGGGACUCUUGCUCCCUUUUUAUUAACAUGGAAAAAUCAAAAUUAGCUCUCAUAUAAUAAUAAUAAAUCAUAGCUAACACUUAUUUGGCACUUUAAGUUUACAAAGCUCUUCAUAGACAUGAUUUCAUUUGGUCCUCCCAAUCAUCUUAUGAGGUAAGUGCUACUAUUAUCCCCAUUUUGCAGAGCAGCAAACUGAGGCUAAAUGGCUUACCCAGUGUCACACUGGGUAUGUGUAAGUGUAUGAAGCAGGAUUCAACCUAAGUUUCUUAAUACUAUAGUGGAUUCUUUAAGGGAAUAUAGAAACUAUUCCUCUAGUGGGCUUUGAAAAUUAUCAUCUGUCCAGAGAAUGGACUAGAUAGUGGUACUUCCAGCCUCAAAAUUAAAGGAUUCCAUAAGAGAACACACAGGAGAAAGAAGGGGGGGGGGGGAAGAAAAGCAGAUGAAUUCCUAAGAGGAUUAAGGAAUCAGAAUAAUAUUGGACCUGGAAAGGAUCCUAAGGACUAUUUAGGCUAAGAAUUCUUAUCCUAAGGUCUGUGGAGACAUUUUAUAGGACCCAUGAAUUUGGAUGAGGGAAAAUGACAUCUUUAUUUUUAUUAACCUUUUGAUUUCCUCUGUAAUCCUAGGUGUUUUAUUUUAUGCAUUAAAAAACAUUAUUCUCAGAAGGGAUCCAUAGGUUUCAAUAGAACACAAAUAAAGGUGAGGAACCCCUGAAUUCUGGAUUAACUUCAUAUUUUGUAAAUGAGAAAGAUGAAGUUCAGAGAGAGCAAAUGAUUUGCCCAAGGCCACACAGUUCAUUUGCGGCAGAAAUUAGACUAGUUUUCAAGUCUCCCAACCCCUCUUUCUGGUGGGACAUAUGAUCUUACUAAGAUUCCUAACCAGAAGCACUAUGGAACAUAAUUAUUGCUAACCUUUAUAUAUAGUUCUUUAUAGAAUUCCUUUUAUCCUCACAAUGACUAUUAAGGUAGGUAUUAUUCUUAUCUUCGAUUUGUAGAUGGGAGAAAUGAGGCUGGUAGAGGUAGGAGAACUGAAGCUGAGAGAAGUUUAGCAAUUCAGCAAUGCUGGUGCAUAUCUGAUGCAGGACUUGAACUCAGAUCUUCCCCAAAAGCUUAAUAAAGAGUGUCUCUUGCUGCAAGGAGCUCCUUCCUAUUUGCCUCUUGCUGGAGGAGUCACCCAAGGUGAGGAGUUUGUGUAUCAGAUGAGGCAUAGCAGAAUUAUCACAGCUUCUUCAGCCUGCCCUGGCAGAGAGUUUUUAUAUGUUGACUGUUCAGCAGCGGGGAUCAAUACCAUUAGCCCUGGGCUCUUUGAUCUCUACCCUAGACUCGAGCUUUUGUGUUUGAUGGGAGAGAAAGAGCUUCAGGGAAAGAGAACCUCCCGGGAGAAACUGCCAGCAACUGUCCUGUCUUAUCAGGACAGCAAAGAUGAUAAAAUGAACUAAAAGGAAUUCUGCAUUUUCCCUGGAGGGGAAAAGCCUCCAAUGGGAAACAAGAAAAGAGUCUUGUGAUCUUACCUCUGAUAUAUGCUACCUGUGAAACCUGGAACAGAUCAUUAAAUUUUCUGAGCCUUAGUUUCCUCAUCUGUAAAAGGAAAGGGUUGGACCAGUUGGCCUCUGAAGUCCCUUUCAGCCUUGGAUCUAUGACCUUAUGAUUCUGUGUUCAACCCCUUCUAGCCUAAAAUAUUGGACACCCCAAAAUCUCCCUAGGAAAAUCAGAGCCCAAUCUAUUAAAAAGUUGUUUCUCUGGGUGAUAAUAAUAGCUAAUAUUUAGAUAGCAUUUCAGAGUUUGAGAAUGAGACACAUUAUCUCCUUUUAUCUUUUAUACACCCUGAAGGGUAGGUGCUAUCAUUGUCUCAAUUUUAUAUAUGGAGAAACCGAAGCCCAAGGGGAUUUGCCUGGGGUCACACAAUGGCAUAUAGAAUGGGUAGACUGGCCAACCAAUGGAAGCCAUUUUGGAACAUAUGCAGAUAUCCUCCCACCUCUAAUAAAUAUCUGAAGCAAGAUUUCAACUGACACCUUCCUGAUUCCAAGCCUAGUACUCUAACCACUGUACCACCUACCCACCAUGACAUACCAUCUAAUGAUCCUAGUCUCUAACUUCUGCUUCCUAGAGCAGCCCUUGGGCACUCUCCAUGGUACUACUUCCCAACUCUGCUGAACUCUAUUGGGGUGAGAUGAAAAGUCAUAAGACAUAAGCUUGAAUCUUGGACCUAUGAUUUAUUUCCUUCUAUGCCUUUAGACAAGUUGCCUCACCUCUCUGAGCUAACUAAUAAAAUGUAGAGAUAAGUAUUGGUUAUCUUUAUGGCCACUUAAAAAAAAAACAAACAACAAACCUUAUCUUCCAUCUUAGAAUCAACAUUGCUAUUGGUUCCAAGGCAAAAGAGUGGUUGUGGCUGGGCAACAGGGGUUAAGUGACUUGCUCAGGGUCAUACAGCUAGGAAGUGUCUGAGGCCACAUUUAAACUCAGGACCUCCUGUAUCUAGGCUUGGCUCUUUCUGGCCACUUCUAGCUCUAAAUACUCUAAUUUUAUUUUCCCAUCUCCUCUAUUUCCCUUCUCUUUCCUGUGAAGUCUCUGGCAUGAGGAAUCACUGUCAAUGGCAUAUAGCAUGGAUGAACUGGCUAAUAGAAGCCAUUUUGGAACAUAUGCAGAUUCCUUCCCACCCCAAUAGACCAGUCUACCCAUUCUACAGAUAGCCAAUGGCUAAGAAAGCUCAGAAAGGAGAUACUGAAGAAAAAAUACUUGAGAAGAGGAGUGAUAUUUCUAUUUGGCAGCUGCCUGAGGCACAGUGAAAUAAUACUUGGUGUAUCAUAGUCAAAAUGCAGCAAAGGGAGUAAUAGUCAAUGCUUAGUAUUGAGAGGUGGCAUUAUACAGUGGAUAGAGGGUUGACUGGGAAAUAGGAAAGAUCUGGGAUCUCUGACACAUAAGGCUGUGUGAACACAGGCAAGUUGCUUAAGUUUUCAAUAGGGAUAUGCUAGAAAAUGUUUAACAAGUAGCUCUUCAGGGGGAAAAUUUAUUAUGCUUAAUUGGCAUUUUUUAUGAUGUUUUCACCAUCACUUUCUUAAUCUAUGAAACAGAUCAACAAGGAGUAUAUCAAGCCCUGAUUUGUAGCUUUUGCCAAUUUCUGAGAUGGAAAUGCUGUUAAACCUUAACAACUGGAUCUUCCAAAUGUUAGAUCUGACUCUAGCAUUUCCUUGGCCCUAAAUAAGUCUUCAAAAUAAGAGUUUUGUUUUUUAAAAACUUACUGGACCAGCUAUUUAGCACAAUAGAUAGAGCACCCAGCCUGGAGUCAGGAGGACCUGGCUUCAAAUCUGUCUUCAGACACUUCCUAAUUUUGUGACCAUAAGCAAGUAACAACCAUAAUUGCCUAUCCCUUGCUUCUCUUCUAUCUUAGAGUUGAUACAGAGACAGAAGGUAAGGAUUAUACAAUAAAAUAAAACUGCAGUAAUAUCUUUUGGUUUUGUAUCACCUUAUUUUUGCCUUCUUCUAUCUGAGAAGCUAUCCUCUAUAACAAAGGAGGAAAUAAGAAGUUAGCAAAAUCAGUUGGCUAUGCCUCAGAGUUUGAUGACAUAAACAGUAUUCCACAGUCAUAGUCCACCCUGCCCCACUACAAAUUAAAAAAGGAAUAAUGGAGUGCUGUUAUUUCUAUUUAUGUUGUUGUAGUCACUGAGCAUAGUAUUUUCUUGAUUUUUAUUUACUUCACCCUGCAUCAGUUCAUUUAAGUCUUUCCAGGCUUCCCCGAUUUCUUUAUACUUUUCAUUUCUUAGAGUAUAGUAAUAAUUCUAUUACAUUCACAUGGAUCAUAAUUUGUUUAGUCAUUACCCAAUGACAUGGUCAUUUACUCUAAAGCUAUUAAAUCACAGAUAAGCUGUUGAUACACACUGGUGGAAGGAGUUUCCAUACUAGGAGUUACCAACCCUGCAAAAUCACAAGUAUGGUUGUGAAAAAAUUUUGUUUCAUGUUAAAAGAUCCUUGAAUUUCACAGGGCACCAGGGCAAAGACCUACCUAUAUUGUGAAGGGUGCCCUUUAAAGAAUGCUAAUGGGGGCAGCUAGAUGGCUCAGUGGAUAGAGAACCAGGCCCAGAGACAGGAGAUCAUGGGUUCAGAUCUGCUCUCAGACACUUCCAAGAUAUGUGACCCUGGGCAAGUCUCUUAAGCCCUUACUGCUCUUCUGCCAUAGAAUCAAUACAUGGUAUUGAUUCUAAGAUUUAAAAGGUAAGGGUUUAACAAAAAAAGAAAGAGUACCAGUCUUACCAAAUCAUAGAUUGUAAUUCAUCAAAGAUAUUAACACUACAUUUAGGUAAAGGUUAAGGAAGUCAUAUGGCCAUAGCUACAAGACCUCAGAGGCCAGAUAGUCCAGCCUUCCACACUUUACAAAUGAGAGGACUGAGACCCAAAGAUUCUAAGUGAUUUGCCCAAAGUCAAACAAUAAAUUUCAUUUAUUUACAUUAUUUCUACUGUACUAUGCUUUAAGGAACUAGUUUUAUUUAAGUCCUCUCUAUAUUAAGCCCUCAGAGUUGUUUAAUAUACUAGAGAACCAUUUAGAUGUACCUGUCUCCCAAAACAAAAACAAAAUCAACAAACAAAAAUAGGGAGUGUGAUACAGUGGAAAAAAAAAACUUAGAGCCACUAGGACCCAAAUUCAUAAUCCCACCUCUGCCCCUUACAGCCUGUAUGACUUUGGACAAGUCAUUUAACUGGCCUUAACUUUGGUCUCCUCAUCUAUAAAAGAAGGGCAUGGGACUAGUCAAGUCAAGCCAGUGAGCAUUUAUGAAGCACCUACUCUGUGCCAGGUAUUGUGCUAAGCACUGAAGGUACAGAGAAAAGCAAACAAAAAGAAAAGAAUAGAAAAGAAAAGAAAAAAAACAGUCCCUUCCCUCAUCAAGGAAUUCACAGUCUAGAGGGAAAAAACAACAUGCUGACAGCUAUGUACAAACAAACUACAAAAA